AUGAUCGAAGGGCAGAAGAUCGUUCAGGUUACUUUGCCUGACUUAUUUGUCGGUUUUCUGGCACGGAAACCUGUGCUGCAUCCAGACUACGAAGAUGUCCGUGUGGCCUCGGAAUCAUGGCUUUCAGAACUAUGCAAUUUCCAUGCCUCUUUGCGAGAAACAAUUCACAAAAUCGAUAUCACAUACUACUGCGCCAUCUUGCUACCUCGUGUGGACGCAGAUCGUUUCCGUAUAGUCUGUGACUGGAUGAACUGGGUCUUUCCUUUUGAUGAUGCACUGGACAAUGGCCCCCUCAAGGAAAAGCCCAAAGACGUUCGAGAAUUAGUCAAUUGCCUGAUAGGUAUACUUGAUACAAACACAAUCCAUGGACAUCAGGAUAAACUCUUGGUCGCCUUUGAGUCGAUUUGGAUUCGCGUGUUUCAGGACUCUUCAUUGGGAAUCCAGAGACGGUUUGCAAGUGCCAUGCGAGAUUACUGCGAGGCUGUUUAUCAACAGGUUGUUCUACAAAAGGGUAGUCGGCAGAAACAACUCGGGGUUAAAUCAACUUUAGAAAUACGGCGACAGUCAAUUGCAACCAUGCCAUUAUUCGCGUUGGUCGAAUAUGCACACGCAUUACGCAUUCCAGAUGAUGUAUUUGAAUGCAAAAGCAUCAAAGAGAUACAACGAGUCGGCACCGACCUAGUUUUAUUGCAAAACGAGCUGAUAUCAUAUCAGAAAGAGAAGGCGCUGGGCGAGAGCCACAACAUAAUAUCAAUAUAUCAACAGGAAGGACACACCGUCCAAGAAGCGUUCAAUGAAGUAGAACGCUUAUUGUCUAAAUGUUACCGCGACUGGUAUCUCGCAUUGGCACAACUACCCAGCUGGGGAGAAGAGAUCGAUUCGCAGGUCCAGCUGUAUAUUGAAGGUGUGCAGAAUGCUGCCCUUGCCAACAUUCACUGGAGUUUCCGAGUAGAUAGAUAUUGGGGAAACAACCAGGAUGUUCGCAAGACGCGAAUCAUUAGUCUUCCAGAGGAUAUGGCUACUCCCAAGCGGCGGAAGAUAAAUAUCAAGAUUUCGCAUGGAGGGGCCUUAUUCUCGGCUUUUAUUAUGCUAGUCGCUUUCGCGUCGAUACUUGCUGUUCCUCGGGUAUUUGUUUUUGCUUCAGGAAUGUGA